AUGUUGUUGAGGGUAAACCCGUCAGUUACGAACAAUCUGGCAGGGACAAGAAGCUUCACUGAAGAAGGGUACGGAUCUGUUACACGUAUUUAUACCGUAUGCAGAGAGGAUAAUGUGGUACCUGAUGAUUACCAGCGUUGGAUAAUCAAAAAAUUUCCAGCAAAAGAAGUAAUGGAGAUUACCGAUGCAGAUCAUAUGCCAAUGUUCUCUAAGCCUCAAGAACUAUGUGCUUGUCUCUUGGAGAUUGCAAUUGUCAUUGCACAUUAG